AAAUAAAUUGAAAUAUUUAUGGUAUAGAGAUCAAAUAAAAUGAAAAUGGAGGAAGUAUAUAAAGUGGAAAACAGUGAAUUAGUUGUCAAAUUUCAAAAUCCCUAAAAUAAACUUCCAUUGACUCUUUAUAAUUAUCCUCCUUCCUCUUUAAAUUCUCAAUUUAACUUCACUUCAUAAUUUUAUUUAUUCAUAAACUAUAAUAGUUUUUUUUUCUCUAUGAACAAUUUAUACAACAAAUGUUACUUUUUUUUCUUCACUUUGUUAUAAUCGCCAGAUCAUUAGUCAAUUUUUCUCUAUGAGUGAUUCUCAGUUUUCUUCUCUUUCUUCUUCCUCUUAUGACGGCUCCGCUUCCCCCUCCGCCGUUGCUCCGCCGCCGAAUAUGGCGGGGAAUGGUGCGAGUGGAGAUGAUAUUAGAUCCCGACCACUUAUUUCACAAGUUUCACGGCAUUGGCGAGAUGUGUUUUGGAUGGGGGUAUUCAUGCUGCAUCUACUAUUGGUAGGCGUGGCACUUGCAAUAAUGGGGUUUAACAGGUUUAGGGAAAAGGAUAGGCUCAAAAUUGAUAGAUUCACGCAAAUGAUCCUUGAGAAUCAGCCUGGUUUGACUGAGGACUUUUGGCCUUUGUAUGCCGUGGCUGGUGCAGUGGGAACAGCUCUGGCAUGGGCUUGGUUGGUUUUGCUUGGUUCAAGUGCUAAUAAUAUGAUGAAGUUCUCGGUUCACAUCUUGACAACAUAUCUUGCUGUGAUCAGUGUGCUGUGUUUCUGGCAGAAGCAAUUUUUCUGGGGUGUUGCAUUUGCUGUUGGUGCAGCAUUGCAGUUUUUGUACGUAAUAUCAGUCAUAGACAGACUUCCAUUUACCAUGUUGGUUUUACAAAGAGGUGUGAAGAUGGUGUGUAGCCUUCCUGAAGUUAUGGGAGUCUCAUGUGCAUUCAUGCUGGUCAUGCUUUCAUGGCUAGUACUUUGGUCUUUUGGAGUAGCUGGUGUUGUAGCACUUAGUAUUGGUGAUGGUGGUCGCUGGUGGCUUCUUGUGGUAUUCUGUGUGAGUCUGUUUUGGACUGGUGCGGUUCUGUGUAACAUUGUUCAUGUAAUAGUGUCGGGCAUGGUGUUUCUCGUUCUCAUUCAUGGUGGUCGACAAGCAACCUCAAUGCCUCCCAAACCAUUGAAGAAAUCCUUACGCUAUGCUGUUACAACCUCAUUUGGCAGCAUCUGCUACGGAUCACUUUUUACAGCUGCCAUCCGGACAUUACGGUGGAAGAUUAGAGGAGUCAGAUCAAAGAUUGGCAAGAAUGAGUGUUUGCUUUGCUGCGUCGAUUUCCUAUUUCAUUUGGUUGAGACCUUAGUCCGUUUCUUCAAUAAAUAUGCUUAUGUCCAGAUUGCAGUUUAUGGUAAAAACUUUAAUCGCUCUGCAAGAGAUGCCUGGGAGUUGUUCCAAUCAACUGGGGUUGAAGCACUUAUUGCCUAUGACUGCUCAGGUGCUGUUAUAUUGAUGGGAACUCUUGUGGGUGGGCUGGUAGCCGGAACCUGUGCAGGAGUUUGGACAAGGAUCAAGCAUCCUGACAGAGUGAUGAUGGUCGGUUCUACGUCCAUGUUGAUGGGAAUGAUCUUGGUCGGACUGGCUACAGUUGUGGUGGAAAGCGCGGUGACAUCCAUAUAUAUCUGUUUCGCGGAAGAUCCUGUGUUAAUACAAAGAUGGGAUGCGGAGUUUUUCAACAAGAUGUCGGAGAUGCUGCAUCAACGAUUACAACACAGAAGUUCACGGGCAACACAAGUAUUGACCAGCAGAUUCGACAGCCAAACGCAAGAAACUGCCGUCUGAAUUCCUCACUUUUAGAACAUUCAUGUCUUAUCUCUUUGUCUUCAUGUAUUAGUUUUUUGAUUUUGUCAAUAGGUAUGUAAUGUAGAUUAGAUACAAUCCAUUCUGGUCUAUUUCCCUUCUCAAAGGGGAAGGGAAAAGCCUCAGUUUAAUUAUAUCCCCAAUAGUUUUGUCUUUUUUUACUUCUAAAAUUUGAAUUUAUUAGGUUUUUAGAGUGGUUGGAGAACUUUUGAAGUUUGUCCUUCACAAUUGUAUUUGUAUUUGUAUUUGUAACUUAAGGUAUUAUUUGUUUCUUUUUAAGGUUAAAGAUGUUUGAAUGUGAAUAUAUAAGACUCUUUUCUUUGUGGAUUGUUCA